AUGAAGCUUCAAACUGAGGCUGCCAAUGUUCUAUCACGAACAUCAGCUUAUUUGCAAUCAGGGGUAAUCAAGCAGAAGCCGGUGUGGUUUGAUAUCGUUGCUAAAUAUCCACCCAAACACAAUCUUGUGAAAAAGCCAUAUGUCCACGAAGCCGAAUCUACUGAUCCAAGAAACGACUUACUAAAACCAAAGAAGCAAGGCUUACUGAAAUCACAACUUUUCAAAACCCGCCCAAGCUCGAGCGAAAUCUCGAACAGAAAUAACGAAAUCCACCGAAUUCCAAAAUUGAAGUUUCUUGAAGAUGAAUUGAGAAACUAUUUCUACUUGCAGCACCCAUGGGAGUUGGCCAGACCCAAAAAUCUUAUCGAGAACAACGGUGAUGAAAUAUUGAAAAAAUGUGAUUGGAGUCACAUGUUACAGUUGCACAAACCAUUAGAUGGGGAGUCGGUUAUACAACGAGCCAUGUAUAUUUUACAAAAUGAUGACAAAGUCAAGGAUAUUUUUGAAGCUUAUGAUUUGGCAAGAUUUGAGUUUUAUCGUUUGCGUAUGGCUGAAGAAAUGGAAAGUCAUAUUGCAAAAGAAGAAAGUGCCAUGUACGGAGCUGUUUAUGAAUCCACCAAUAUUGAUUGGAACUUGACUACUGAGCAACAAUAUGUUGAUGAUUGGGUCAAAUUAGCUGCUGAACAAACUCAAGUUUUGGAAGCCAAUGCCAAUAGAUCACAAGCACCAAGUGGGUCAUUGGUGGAGGAAGAGAAAUCCAGAGCAUCUUUAUUUGAGAGUUUGUUGCUGGUAAAUAACGACGUGUCCGAUGAGUUGAAGAGAGCCAAUGGAGGAGAAUAA